ACUGAUAUGUGGAAUGGAAGAGGAAUUUGAGGAUGUUUGGGAUUGGGCACCAGUGUAAAAUGCAUUAUAUUGUGGUAAGCUGUCAUUUGUUCCUUUACCGGAAGGGCCUGUAGUUAUCCAUGGCGGAGGAAUGGUUCUGUUCUGAUUCCGACCGAGUUUGUGACACAGGAAGUAUUGAGCGUAUCAAGGCACCCAAGCCGAAAGAGGACACUUCGAAUGGCGUUCACAAAGUUCAUUGUUCCCUAAUCUGGAGUGCUUGUGUUGCAAGUGUAAAUUUUAAGCGAAAUCGAUGUGCUCCGUUAGGUGAGAAGUUACUCACCCCAUCAAGUGCGUAGUGCGUGUUCGAGAUGCAGGUAGUGAACAUAAAGUGUUUGUGAGUGCCCGGCUGUCAUGUUGGCGUUGGUCGGAAUCUUUUUUUUCUUAUCUCUUGUCAAGAAUUAUGAUAGUUACCGUCAGGUCGUGGACGGACGCUAACCUGACUCCAUCUUUUGAUUCGCAUCUCGGUUAUAAAUGUUUUAAGCUACCACAUCCCGGGUGGUAUAGCGUUAGUGUUGGUGCGUCUCUCUUGAGCUACGUCACGAAAUAUUGAACAAAAUGAGUUUUUUUGAGAAAAGGACGUUUGAGAGUUCGGAGUCACUUUCUGUAACGAACAUUGCAAAAAUGUUAUUUUUUCAAGAGGACUCAAUAGAAAAGAAAAGAUGGCAGCCAUUCUGAGUGAUCAGUUGGUCAAUUGGAAUCUCAUUCCAAUUCUGUUAAUGAUGAUAAGUGAGGCAUAAAGUGAUUUAUAGUAAUAGAAUGGAUUCAUAUGAUUUGUUUGGAGAGGAUGUCGGCGGCGGAAUGUUAGAUGGAUUAGCUGACCUGGGUGCAGAUAAUUUUGAUCCAGCUCCAUCAUCUGUUACAAAUGCAGCACGCGAUGCUCCAGGUUCUGGCCAAGGCUAUGUUCAACCACCUUAUGGCCACCAGAUUUCGGGUAUGCAGCAAGAGUCACCGCUUCAGAAACUGGCUUCAUUUGGAGGAGAAUUUACACCCGCAAAUCAUCUGGAUCCAUCAUCUCAGAACUUGUUCCACCAGAAUCAGACUGGUUAUGAUGGAACAGCGAGACCAAUGUGUCCUCCUGGUGCUGUUACCGGUUAUCAGGGACACGUAAGAAACAUGGGACCACAGCACGAUAUUAGGAGGCCUCCUCAUCCCCAGCCACCAACUGCGAAUCAGUAUGGACCAUACUGUACAUCUGAUGCAUUGUAUGGAAUAGAACAGCAGCCUGGUAUCAGUGGUCCAGGUAUGACUGUUAGUGACAGUGGUAUGCAGGGUUGGAGCAAUGUGCCAGGUGGUUAUCCUGCAGGUAUGAGGCAUUACAAUCAAAUUAAUCAGGGUGGUUAUCGGCAUGUGAACUACCCACAUCAGCAGGACAGCCUGGCAUCUCAACAGAAAAUCACACCUCAACAGCCUUAUUCUUCAAAUCAGCAAAAUUUGAUUAAUUCAAUGAUGCAACCUCAUCAGAACAUUCAGACACCUAGUGGCUAUCCAAUGACUCAACAGAGAAUGCAGUCAAGUGUUAACAUGGGGCAACAGCAACAGUGUUACUCACAGGGUUCUCAAAAUCUUGUUUAUGCAGGUUCGUCAUCUACAGCUUCGAUAAAUCAGUCCUACAGCAACUACAAUCCCUUACAACACCAACAGUCCAGUAGAAUGCCACAUCAUGUACAGUAUACUGCAAAUCAGCAACAGAUGCAACAGUUAGAACUGAAUAAUUCUCAAGCUUCUCAGGCUUCAUCAUAUAACCAUUUACAACCACAUAAUCAGGCAUUACCUGGCGGUCCCUCACAGAUGGGCCAUCCUGGUGUACCGGGUUACGGACAGCCAACAAAUCCUCUUGGACACCAAAUGCCACGGCCUAUUGGUAUCGAAGUCAGUUCAGGGUCGUCAGCAUCUCAGUAUGGUGUUGCUAACCAGAAACAGCACACUCAGCUCGGUGGUGCGAGUCCGCAGUACAGGGCGCCAUAUCCACAGCUGUCUCCACAAAUGUCGCCUAGGCCCCAGAUGUCCCCGAGACCCUCUCAGCAACAACAGAUGUCACCUCGUCCUGUAAUGUCGCCAGCAAAAACGAGUACACUAUCUCCUCAUCCCCAUCAACAGCAGCCAACUCUUUCACCACGACCUGCUACAGCACUUACACCGAAAUCAUCAAACUCUUCUCCUGCUCCCAUUAAUGUUCCUUCGUUUUCACAGCAAAGUACGUUACAGCAAUUGGAACAGAUGGUUAUGCCUCCAGUUAGUGGUGGCUCAACAGACUACCCUACUUACCAACCAAGGUUACCCCACCCAACUACACAGCAUCCCACCACACAACAAGCAAAUCCAUUGUCUCCAGCUGUGGGCCCACGCAUGCCUGUCUCACCUCAGCAGUGGCCACACCAACCAUUAAGACCAUCCACAAAUAUUGGUAGUGGAAUUGGAAUGCUAGACCAACAGUCCAAUCAGAGCAUGUCAACAUAUGUUCCACAUACUACUGCUGAAUCUAGAACAGUGGAGCUUCCAAAGACUGUAAGUGGUGUUACAUCAGAAGUUAAUGUUCCAAGUAUUUCAAGUGGAUCUAUACCAGCAAAUGAGACUGGCAAUUUGACAUCUGUAUCUCAUACUGACUUCACUACUUCAUCUCAGAUACUAAGUGAAAAGUACUCAGAGGGUGAAACUGCACAAAAUGGAGGAGAAAAUCUCAGUUCCCACAUUCCCUCAUCUGUUCCAGUCAGUGCCACAGUCAGUCACAAGUCUUCAGAACUGGAUUCCGUUAAGGCUGUGCAACAAGAAAAUGAAUUGCAGAAUUUGCCAAAUAUAGAUGUAAAGGAUGCAACAGAUGGACCUUCACUGUUAACUUCAACUUCCAGUUCAGUGUUAGCACCUCCACCGCAAGCUCAACAAGAACCUGUUACACAGCAGGCACCUGUUCCAAAUUUCGAUUUUAAUCAGGCAGCUCCCAACAUACAAUAUGCAGGCACUAGUGCAAUGAGUGACAUGAUUCACUCUGGUGGGUCAUCUCAUUACACUCCAGGUAUUGAAGGAGCAUCAGCAGGAAUACCAGAUCCUGUAACAUCUGGAGUAUUGAUGGGGCAACCACCAGGCCUGUUUGAUCCCAGCAUGGGGCAUGGAAGUUUGAUGACACAUGCACCACCCAUGCCACCUUCAGCAGCACAACCACCACAGGUGCCACCACCUCCGUCACAUCUUAUGUCUUUAGGACAUACUGAUUUAAGUGCAAUAUACCAGUCUCCAGUGAGCCAUCAGCAGGAAAUAGCAGCAUUACAACAGCAGCUUCAAGAACUGUAUUGUAUGCCACCAGCACCACAGAUUCAAGAGAAGAUUGGUGUUCUUCAAGAAAGGCUUGAAGUUAUCCGAAGGCAUGAGGCAUCUGGACCUUGUCCUGGAGGUCCACAUUGUGUGUUGCAAGAUCACAUGUUUGGUUCAAACUUGCUAGAAAACUCACAGGUAUCAAGUACAACAGGUAAAGCUCGAAACAAAGGUGCCCCCAGACCAAAAAAACCAAAGAAAAAACCAGAAGAUGCAGCGGCUCUGGCACCACCUGCUGAGUGUAAUGAGGCAGGAGAUUUCAGUGAACUCCAUGGCAUUGGUGACAACUUCCAAAACACUUCUUUCGAUGAAAAACAGAAGAAGCCAAAGCCACCUAGGAAACCAAGAGAACCAAAAAAACCAAAAGAACCAAAGACUCCAAAGGAACCAAAACCACCCAAAGAACCUAAAGCUGCCAAAGAGCCGAAACCUCCAAAAACUCCCAAGGAACCGAAGAAAAAGAAGGAACCUAAAGCACCUGGGGAAACCAAGUCUCCAAAACCAAGAAAGAAAGUAGCCAAGAAGAAGGAUGGAAUAGUGGAAGAAACACCAUCUAGUUCAAUCGAGAGUGGUGUUGAAGAAGUCCUGUCAGAUCUUCUUGCAGCAGUAGAAUCUGAAAUUGCUUCAGUGGAAAGACAAGACAGUGAAAGUGAAAUGCUGACCCCAGAUGAUCCUGCAAGCCCUUCGAAAAGUUUGUCAGAAUCAUCAACGAAGACAACGCCAACGACUAGAAAGCCUAAAAGGGAUAGAAAGGCGAAAGUGAAACCAGUUUUUCCUGCAAAACGGAAUGCAAAGGGGAUGUUCACAAAGAAGAAUAAAAAGAAAUUAGUUGGCGGUGAUGAAUCUGAUGCAGAAGACAUGUUGGCGACUCCUCCGCCAUCACCUGACGAUGAUUCAGAAAGUUCAAAAAAUAAACGCAGAUCUGCUCGAAAUACUCAAAGGAAAAAGUAUGUUGAUGAUAUUAUGCUUAGUAUAUCGGAUGAGGACUCUCCAAAGUCAUCAGCUCCAAGAACUGAUCUGCCGAAGACUUCUGCAGAUGAUUCUGCUGAUCCAGCUGUGAAGCCAAAUUUUGUUUACAUUAAUACAACUGAUGAAGAUUCAAUGGUUGUGCAAUAUAUUUUGGCUGUUAGGAAAGGCAGAAGAGAGAUUAAACCACCAGCAGAUGCUCAGAAUAAUAAGGAGGUUAAGCCAGAAUCCUCUAUCAAGACAGAGGUCACCACAGAAAAUGAAAACACGCCUGCUGUAAUCAGUGAACAGGAGCCUGUAAAUAACUCUACACCUGUAGUAGAAAUUCCGGCUGUGGAUGAAAUAUGUGCAACUGGGGAAAGUCUGAACAAUGAAGUGUGUCCGCAGUCAGACAUAGAUGUUGAAAAGAAGUCUGACGCCCCACUAAGUAUUUAUAACUUCAGUGAAGAAACUGAGGAACCAGUUCUUUUGAGAUCAAAUGUUACUGCAGCAAGCAGUAGUGGUAGUGCAGAAUAUAUUGACAGGAUUAGAAACUUUGAGACUACUCCAGUUGAAGAAGAAACAGAAAGCACCACAAAACCAGAAGAAAGUGAAAGCCAGCUAAAAGUUGAAGACAGUGGGAGCUCUCUGGAAGUGGCUAGGUUGAAUGAAAGAAAUCAGCAGUACCUAUCGAAUCCACUUGAUGGAGAUAUAGUUGCAAAAGAUAGAACAGAAAACAAAAACAAAGUAGACUGUAAAUCUGAUGUCAAAUAUGUUGAAGUAGAGGAAUAUUUUGUCAAGUAUCGCAAUUUUUCUUAUUUACAUUGUGAAUGGAAAACUGAAGAAGAACUGUUCAAAGGGGAUAAGAGAAUUGCAGCCAAACUUAAGAGGUUUAAACAGAAGAUGGCUCAUCAUGCAAACAUUUUUGAGAAUUUUGAAGAUGAACCCUUCAACCCUGAUUAUGUAGAAGUAGAUCGGGUCUUGGAUGUUGCUGAACAUACAGAUCCUAAUACUGGGAAAACGAUCAAACAUUACCUGGUUAAGUGGCGGUCAAUGCAGUAUGAAGAUAGCACAUGGGAGUUGGAAGAAGACGUAGAUCCAAUGAAGAUUGAGCAAUUUGAGCAGAUCAACAAGAAGCCCCCAAAGGAUAAAUGGAAGCCAAAGAAGAAACCAUCCCCAGAAUCAUGGGUGAAAUUAGAAGAAUCUCCAGAAUAUAAAAAUGGUAAUAGGUUAAGAGCGUAUCAGCUUGAAGGAUUAAACUGGUUGCUUUUUUCGUGGUACAAUGGCCGCAACUGUAUACUGGCAGAUGAGAUGGGUCUCGGAAAAACUAUACAGUCGUUAGCAUUUAUUCAUGCAGUUCACGAAUAUGGAAUUAGAGGCCCCUUCCUGGUCAUUGCACCUCUUUCUACCAUACCAAACUGGCAACGUGAGUUUGAAGCAUGGACUGACAUGAAUGUAAUAGUAUAUCAUGGCUCGACUGCAAGCAGAAAUAUGGUUCAGGAAUAUGAAAUGUAUUAUAGAAAUGAGAAAGGCAAUCCUAUCAAGGAAAUACAGAAAUUUAAUGUGUUGAUUACAACUUUUGAAAUUGUGAUAACAGAUUGUAUGGAACUUAAGGAAUUCAGCUGGAGAUUGUGUGUCAUUGAUGAAGCUCAUCGACUGAAGAAUAGAAAUUGUAAAUUGCUAGAAGGAUUAAGAUUGCUUAAUUUGGAACAUAGAGUUCUUUUGUCUGGUACACCUCUUCAGAACAAUGUAAAUGAGCUCUUCUCACUGCUCAACUUUCUUGAACCUACCCAAUUUUCAAGCAGCGAAGCAUUCCUGCAGGAGUUUGGUGCUUUGAAGACUGAAACUGAAGUCCAGAAACUUCAGGUUAUUUUGAAGCCUAUGAUGCUUAGAAGAUUGAAAGAAGAUGUUGAAAAAUCAAUUGCACCGAAGGAGGAAACUGUUGUUGAGGUUGAACUGACAAAUAUUCAGAAGAAGUACUAUCGUGGUAUACUAGAGAGAAAUUUUUCUUUCCUUUCAAAAGGAACUACAUCAGCCAAUGUUCCCAACCUUAUGAAUACUAUGAUGGAGCUACGAAAAUGCUGCAUUCAUCCAUAUUUACUUAAUGGAGCUGAAGAACAGAUUCAGUUCGACUAUCGUCAGUCGAAGCAGCUGAAUACAGAUGAUCCUGAUGGCUACUUUCAAGCACUGAUUAAUUCAUCAGGAAAAAUGGUUUUAAUUGACAAGCUGUUGCCCAAACUGAAAGCAAAUGGCCACAGGGUUCUGAUAUUUAGCCAAAUGGUUAGGUGCUUGGAUAUUCUUGAAGAUUAUUUAGUUUACAGAAAAUAUCCAUUUGAGAGGAUUGAUGGACGUAUUCGAGGGAAUCUCAGGCAAGCUGCCAUUGACAGAUUCAGUAAACCAGACUCAGAUCGUUUUGUAUUCCUACUGUGCACAAAAGCUGGUGGGCUUGGAAUUAAUCUGACUGCAGCAGACACUGUAAUUAUUUAUGACAGUGACUGGAAUCCCCAGAAUGAUUUACAGGCACAAGCAAGAUGUCACCGAAUUGGCCAACAAAAAAUGGUUAAAGUUUAUCGUCUGCUUUGUCGAAACACAUAUGAACGGGAGAUGUUUGACAAAGCUUCAUUGAAGUUGGGCCUUGAUAAAGCAGUUCUUCAGAGUAUGAAUACAGCUCAAGGAGGUAAAGAUCAAACAAACAAACAGCUGUCAAAAAAGGAAAUUGAAGAUCUUUUGAAAAAAGGUGCUUAUGGUGCCAUUAUGGAUGAAGAUAGCGCAGGAGACAAGUUUUGUGAAGAAGAUAUAGAUCAAAUUUUAGAACGCAGAACACAAAUCAUUACAUUAGAAUCUGAGAAAGGAUCAACCUUCUCAAAAGCUAGUUUUGCCUCAUCUGGAAUACGGUCCGAUAUUGACAUAGAUGAUCCUGAUUUCUGGAAGAAAUGGGCAAAGAAAGCAGAAAUUGACACCUCGGAGAAAGAAGAAAAGGAUCAACUUGUCAUAUCUGAACCCAGACGCCGCACACAAAUCAAGCGAUAUGGCCAUGAUGAGUCAGUUGUCGACAUGUCUGAACUGGACAGUUCAUCAGAAAGUGAUGAAGAUCCUGCCAUUGGUGUUGGCAGAGGAAGAGGCCGAAGACACAGGAAACAUGGUAAGAAACACAAGAUAAAGUUCCCGUGCGAUGAUUAUAUCCCAAGGGAUGGUGAAAUUGUGUAUGGGAGCUGGGCAAGAAGCGAAUGUUUUAAAAUAGAAAGGGGUCUUCUGACAUUUGGGUGGAGCCGUUGGACAGAAAUACUCACACACAGCCAUUUCCGUCGUGGAUGGCGAGAAUCUGAUGUAGAAGAUUGCGCGCGUGUCAUUUUACUUUAUUGCUUGAGAUACUACAGAGGUGAUGACAAAAUCAGGAGUUUUAUUUGGGAUCUGAUUACACCAUCGGAAAAUGGAGAAACAAGAGUGCAGAAGAAUCACAUGGGACUUAAUACACCAAUACCUCGUGGAAGGAAAAAUAAAAAAUUUUUCAAGAAGGAUGGGAGAUCUUCAAAUCAAAAUGAAAUUGGAGAAAUGAAUGAUUGGAGUCGCCAUGAGAAAUACGAUGGCGACAUUCUUUUGGAAAGCAAUUAUAAAAAGCACCUAAGUCGACAUGCAAACAAGAUACUGUUACGUGUUCGAAUGCUUUAUUAUAUAAAGCAUGAGAUUAUAGGUGAUCUGGUGCAACAUAUUAAUGAUGGUGUCCAUGUUAGUGCCUUGCCGAUAUACCCACCCUAUUGUGAUCAGCCCCCUGUCCCUUGGUGGGACUCAGAUGCAGAUAGGUCCCUUCUGGUGGGUACCUACAAACACGGUUAUGAAUGCUACCCUGCUAUGAGAAACGACCCGGCACUUGGUUUCCUCGCACGCUGUGGCCCUGAUGUUGGCUCUGCUAUGCUGAUGCUUGGCAAUGCUGAUAAUAACACAAGAGUUGUUGAUGAUGACUCUGGAAGACUGACAGAUGAAGAUGAAACUGCAGAGGGAGAAUCUUCAGUCUUGAGAGAUAAUCUUGGUGAGACUAUGCUCGCAGAUGGAUGCCAUGAAGUCAAUUCUGUACCAACUCCUGAUCAGACAGAGUCUGCAUCAUCAUCCCUAGAACAUACCAGUCAUGCAAUGAAGGAUGAAAGCAAAGUUCCACCAGAUGAUGAUCCAAGUAAACUACAGUGGCCAUCAAUGGUGGACCUCAACAAUAGGCUCCGUCGUGUAAUUACGUCGUAUCAGCGCAACUUCAAGAAGGAAGAAAUGAAGAUGGCUCAAAAAGCUAAGCAGGGGGUAGAAGCAGAGCAGCAUGCAGUUAUCAGAGAUGUACUGAACACACAAGGAUGGGAUUUGCAACAACUAGCCAUGUAUCUAUGGAAAAUGGAGAGGCGGGAGAAAAUUGAACAAAUUGUUCGUGAAAGAGAGAGACAAAAACUUGAAAUACAUCAGAGAAGGUGGUCACGCCGUGAGGAGGCUGAUUUCUACCGUACGGUUUCAACUUUUGGGGUUGAAUUUGACAGGAAACGGGGUAAAUAUGACUGGUCAAAAUUCAAAUCAUUGUCAAGAUUGGAAAAGAAAUUUGAUGAUACAAUCACAGAGUAUUACAAAGCUUUUGUAGCGAUGUGCAAGAGAGUUUGUGGAAUGAAACUCUCAGAAGAAGAAGAAUUUGCUGAUAUCCCUGUAGAGCCUUUGAGUGAAGACAAAGCUCGCAGGACAUUAGAACGAAUUGAAUUGCUAAGUAAAAUUAGAGAAGAAAUAAUUGUUCACCCGCAGUUAGACGAAAGAUUAAAAUUGUGCCAAGUGUCUGCAGAUAUACCUGAUUGGUGGGUGCCUGGUAAACAUGAUAAGGAUUUACUAAUUGGUGCAGCCAAGCAUGGUUUAGGCAGAACAGAGUUCUUUAUUUUAAACGACCCUGAAUUAAGUUUCUUUGAUAUUCUAAGGAAACAUCUAGCCAUAGAUCAGCCACUUCCAGAGGCAAAAGAACAUAAACAUCUAGAUGAAAUUAAGUAUGAGCGGCCUGAAGAUAUUCUUAGAACAGACAAGAAUGAGAUUAUUGUGAAACUAGAAAAAGGAGAAGGCACAUUAAAGAUAGAAAAAAUAGGAAUUAAGAAAGAAAUGAAAACUGAGGAAGAAAAAAAUCAGUUCAGGGAAAAAGAAAAUGUAUCCCAGGGCCAAAAUAUUGUAGAAUUAACAUUACUUGCAAAUAAAAUUAAAGCCGAGAAUGAGGAAUGUACACAGAGUUUUGAUAAAUCUGAUAAUGAACAGGGUUCCAGUAACACCCAAGAAAGUGAAUCAGCAAAUAGAGAAGAGAAAGAGAAAUUGAUGUCCAUGGAUAACAACAAAAAAUCGGAGGAGGACACAACAGAGCCAGUAAACUGUUCAAUUACAGAAGUGAAUAAAGCUGAAGUGGUUUGUUCAGACAAGGUGCAGGAUCUUCAACAGGAGGAAACACCACAACAGCUGGUUCACACUUCACAGUGCCCUGCUGCAGAGAAUGAAAUAUUAGAUACACAACAAACAAUAGAAUCAGAAGAACCUAAAGACAUGGAAAAAGUUACAUCAAAUGAAGAUCAUGCUGAAGACAAUGAUAAGAAUAAUGAACAAGAAAUUGACAUGGGAGUUUCAGAGUCUGUUACAGAACCUGAUCUCCUGAAGCCUGAGGAUAGAAACUGUCUUGAUAACAAUGAUGGAGAAAUGCAAUCUGCAUCAGCUGUUAAUAAUGAAGAGACUGACAGUAGAACAAAAGAUGAAAUAAUUGCUCAGGAAAAAGAUCAUGAGAUGAAAACUGAGUUCGAACUGAAGGAAGUAAAGCAGGAAGGAGCUGACCAAGAACAAAUCGUCUCGAAUGAAAUUGAGAGACCUAUAUCAGACCUGAAUGUCAAGUAUGAAACUGAACUGAAUAGGACAUGCAGCAGUUUAAAGCGGGCUGAAUGUAAUGAUCAGGAAGAUACUCAAGGAAAAGCAAGCAGCAGUGCCCAAACUCCAGAUUUGAAAAACGUCUUCCCAGACCUGGAAGUUAUCCACCCAUUAGCACGACUAGCUGAGAUUGAUACAUUUGUCUUAGGAGCAAAACAGAAUAGCAACACUGGCUCGUUGGAUUUCUCUGAACCAACAGUUGCUCAAUUACUGGCACAGAGCUACCAGAAUCCAGUGAAAUGGCCUAAGGACCACGUACUCCAGACAAGACUACAACAUAUUAUUCAUGCUGUCGAAAAUAAAGAAUGGCCAGUACCACGGAAUUUCUCAUCAAGCAAUAUUCAGAAUAAUGUUUCUAGUACAGGAGAACUGGAUCUAAGUUGUCAUGAAACACCUGAUGUUACACCUAAACGAGAAACAUCAACGCCAAUGUCAUUGUCAGAAGGCUCAGAAGUUAUCACCAUAACUACAGAUCAUGGUGCUUCUAGGGUCUCUUCGUCAAAGAAGAGAAAGAGACACAUAGCAAUUGAUGUUGAGACAGAAAGAGCCAAACUACAUGCAUUAUUGAAUAAUAGUGGGCCACCUCAGCAGCCUCCUCUGUCAAAACCGUCCUUGCCUUGGGAGGUCAAUGAUGAAUCCCUGUCUGAAGAGUCCAGGAGGUCAACACCAGUGGCGCCAGUUACAUUGCAGCCUCCUCCAGCACAUCAGCAGGCUACUAGAGUACUAUCAAUUCCAUUUGAUCUGAAGUGCCAUCCCAGUUCCAAAAACACAGGAACCACAGUGAUACCAGGCACUUCAAGUACGCUAACACCAAUAGAUUUGUCGUCGGGUGUUACAAAACAGGUCCCAGCUGACAAUACAUCCAAUAAUGAGAUACUUAAUGAAGUGCAGGAUUUCUCAAUGCCUUCAAAGAAUAAACAGAAGAGCAAGUUGGAUGAUAUGUUAGGCAAAUUAAUGAAGAAAAAUAACUGUCCUGCUGAGGAACCAAUUGUUGGAAAGGAGAAAAAACGGCGUAAGCUAGAUGAAAUUGUACUGGGUUUAUCUGCUGCAAAGGAACAGAAGUCACUGUUCUCAGACAUUAAGAAAACAAAUCAAUGCAUGACAUCAAUUAGUCCUAGUGUCACAGUUACCCCAGCAUCAAUAAAUUCAUCAGUUUCUGCAACAUCUGGAUCAGCAUCUACAAAGCCAUUCACGAUUACUGUAACAUCUGUGCCUUCGCCUGCGCCGUCAAGUUCUUGUCGCAGUUCGCUAAGUGCUCUCCCCCCAUUGCCUACACCAAAGGAAAGUUUUUCAUCAUUUCUUGCUCAUGCAGAGCAGCAGAAUCUCUUACUGAAGAAACAACAACAUCAACAGCAGCAUCAACAGCAGCAGCAGCAGCAGCAGCAGCAGCAACAUCAGCAACAACAUCAGCAGCAGCCAUCACAGUUACCAACACAAUCACCAGCAUCAAUGUCACAUGUCAAUCAGCAAAGAAAAACAUAUGAAUCAAUGAUAGCUGAUCUUAGCAAAAUGGCUGACUUUUCUUCAAAGAUCAGUUCAUAUUCUCAUGAAGCAAAGGUUAAUAAGUGGCUGGCUGAACAGACAUCACUUAUUCCAGAACAGCCACUUGCUUCAGAUUAUCUGACUGCUCCAAGGCGCAGAAGACCAAGGGUUGAUCCAUCUCUUCUGGAUUGGAAAAAACUCACUGGAGAGGAAAAUGUUUCAGUAAUAAAUAGGCUGACAGGCAAAAAGAUGACUGGGAAUAAAGCACCUCAGCUGAAACGAUUAGCACAGUGGUUACUGGAGAAUCCAAUGUUUGAUGUUGAUCCAAAAUGGGCAGAACUGGUCAAAGAGAGGGGUAAUCUCCCACAUGACUUGCAGAAACGUGUACCAGCAAAUGAGAGGAAGAAAGGCCCUGGACGACCACCUCUGCUCUCCAGUCCACCAGGGCAUCAACCAACUGUCAGCCAGCCCAAUCUAGGAACAUCAGUGGCAUCAUCAAUCCCAUUCCCUUCAUUGGCAACUGCAGGGCUAAGUGGACUUUCAGCAGCUGGCUUAAAUCCCAGCAGUAUACUGUCAGGAUUAUCUUUGGGUGGUUUUGACCCAAAAAAUAAUCCAUUGCUUCUCCCCUUCAGUGGAAUGCCAAACAUGAGUGCUUUAGGGAGUAUGAGUGGACUUGGAAAUCUUAAUAACAUGAACUUGACAAAUUCCUUAUUUGCAAAUUUAGCAAACUUGGGAUUGCCGUCAUUAGCAGGCAUGGAUGGAAGUGACCUUGGCGUUGUUGCGUCGGGAUCAGCCUCCAAAACAAAGAAUCGAAAACCAGCUGACACUGAGCGCAGCCAUAGUUCCACAAAACCACCACCUGUGUCAUCUGCUUCAUCAAGUAUUCCAUCUUCUGCAUUACCUUUCUUUUUCCCAAAUCCAAGUCUCCUGUACACUCCUCUUGGACUUGGUGGGCUAAAUCCAUUUUCAAUGCAACCAGGUUCCAUGUCUUCGGCAUAUGACAGUCUAGCUCAGCAGUGUGGUUUGUUGAAUGGGAGUCUCGGUGUGUCAGGAGUAUCAACGUCAACAUCUGCAUCAUCGUCGACAAGGACUGGGAGUCAUAAGACUCAGAGCACGUCACGUGCAACUACUGUUACGUCGUCUUCACUGUCAUCAAAUACCAGCAGUCACAGGCAUCAACGUUCAUCUACACGGGACAUUCUUGACCGCGCACAACAGCAGCAGUUACAACAGCUUCUGUUGCCGCAUGAUACUCAUCUGCUGGAGAGCCUCAGUAGAGUACAUUCUGUAGAAAAUGCUUUUAGGAAUGAGAAACGAUCAAGAGAGUCUGAUCGGAAAGAGACCAUUGAUGUGCUACGUGGUGAGAAAAGAUCUAGGGAUGCUGAACGCAAAGAUGUUGCAGAGAAUUUGAGUAAAAAUCCACAGGUAGAUUAUCCUUUUAGGGCAGAAGACAGGCCUUUGAAGAAACUGAAGGCAGAAUUAGAAAGAAAAGAUUCAGCAGAAAAUCUAACUCCCAAUUUUGUAACGAAUCUGUUGCCUCAUAAUGAGGAAUGGCUGAAGCGUACUUGUGAUGUGGAAAUGAAAGAUACACUUGAAAACCUUUACAGAAGCUCACUUGAGGGAAUAGAUAGAGAUGACAAAAUGAAUAAGAAAUCCUGUGAUAAUGCCACGGACAAAGACGUUGUAGAGAGUUUUUCAAGUGUUAAUAAUGUGUGCCAAAGUGAAGAAAGGUCUAAGAUUUCAAAUGAGACUGACUCUAGAGAGGUGGAAAAUGUACAUGACCCACCAUUUAAAAACACUUUUGAUACGGCCGCACAAGAUGUUAGUGACAGUGCAGAAACAGAGACUCUACCCGUUAUUGCACCUGCACCUGAUGUUUCAGUGGAUCAGGCAGACACUCAGUCUGAAGCUCUUAAUGCGUCUAAUGUUGUUUUACCUUCAACAGCUCAGGAAGAAGUAAAAGAUGACUCUAAAGAAAUAGUGGAUGGUGAUGACAAAACCAUCACUCCAGAAACAGCAUUACCGUGCUUGAAGGAGCAACCGGUGCCUCUUACAACAGAUGCUGAUUGUGGGGGGAAUGCAGCUGAUACAAGCACAGCUCUUCCUCUCUUGCCAGAGGAAGUAGCACCUGCACUGCCCCCAGAACCAGAACAUUCUCCCGUGGAGUUAGCAAAGCCUCAGAAGCAAGCAGCUACAGCGGCUAAUUCCAAUAGUCGCCGGUCCCGCAGUGCCAAGAAAUCUAAGGAAGUGGGUGAGACUGUAAAUGUAGAAAGGAAGGUGCUUCGAAGCAGUGCUGGUCGUGCAGCGGCAGCCGCAGCAGCUAGAGCAGCAGCCGCUGCUGCAGCUGCUGCUGCCAUUGCAGAAAGUAGUGGUGAACAUGACACAGUGGAGGUUGGUGCAGCAGAGGAGAAAGCUGUAGAAGGAUGUGGUGGAAGCACUGGUGGACCUAGCGAAUCUGAGGAAACGUAGCAUUGGCAGUAUUCUGUCCCUGUGUAAUUUAAUACUUCACAUUACAUCAGUACUCUUGGUUGUAUUGUUGUCUUUUUUUUUUAAUUUUAAUGUUAUUGACUGUGCAUUCUGUGAUAGCCUUUUCCAACCAUAACGUGUAGUGUAUGUACUGUGUUAGUUGAGCACAUGAUUUUCAAAUUGGAGGGUGGGGGAAUGUUAAGAAGAAAAUUGUUUUCCCCCGCUCAUCGUACAUAACUGCCAUAAAUAGUAUGUCAGAAAUGUGAGGAAACCUGUUUUCAUGUGUGAAUGAAGUUUUAUAUUCACAUGUGAAUAUUAUUAUUUUGCUUUCUUGUCCUUUAUUUUCUUUUGUUCACUGUCAUGUUUGUAUUAUUCACACACACACACACACACACACACACACACACACACUUGCACAUGUUCAUAUAUAAACAUCCAUCUAUUAAAAAAAAUAUAAAUAUAAUAUAUAUAUAUUUAUCUUGCUGUAUUGUAAUUCUGUCAGGCACAGUGUGAGAGAAAUGUGUUGGUGAAUGAUUGCCUGUAAUCUCAAAUAUAGAGUUACUUGUGGUUUUUAGCAUAAUAUAUGCUAUUGCGUUUGUGGAAGUGAGAAAAAGAUGUUGAGUUUUGUAUUACCUGAACUAAAAUUUUAGAAUGUGCUGGCAAUCAUUUAUCAGUAUUGUUGCUUUCAGACAGUGCACUGUUCUUAUAUAUUAUGUUACAUUAUACAGAAUUCCGCAAACACGUCACUAUGUAUAUAUUCAACAUCUGUGUAAAAUGAGAAUGUGCUCGAAUCACAAAAGAAAAAAAAUUUAAAAAAAUGAAUGCGAACGGUUGUAAAGGGUAUGUUCGAAUGGCUGAUGUUUUAUUUAACUGUAACAAUAAUUGUAGCAAAGGAAAUACAUACUGUUGUUACUUAGUAUUAGUUAGUAAUUUAUAAACUGAGUAAAUUUCCCCCAGAAAACUCAAAGAUACGUCGUAACCUGUGCACUAUUUAUUUUUUAAAUUAAUCUGGAUUGCAUUUAAUAUUAUGAGCUUUGCUCGUUUGUACCGUGUAAAGUCUGUGAGACAAACAAAGACUAUGAGUAUUAGCACAUCACAGAAGUUGGAAUUGCAUGAAGUCAGAUUGCUAAGUUUAAAAAAUAUAUAUAUAUUGCAAUGGCAGCUCAUUUCGUUCAUAUGACUGUUGUGUUUAAUUUAAUGAAAUUUAUCGCAUGCUGUAGUUGCUGAAUUAUGUUCCUUGUUUUCAUUUGGUCUUGAUACAUGGUUAUGAAGGAAUUUGUAAGCAGUGAUCAGAGACAAAGCUUCAGCUGUAACCUGGUGUCAAAUAUAUAAGAAGAGAGGUAAGUGUUACAAUAAAUAAAUAAAUAAACUCUU